AUUUAUAAGUAGUAGCGGGCGAUACGCUGCGAUGCGCGCUGGUAGCAGUGUGUGGACAGACACGGGCCGACCUAGAUCGGGUCCGCUCGAUGCCGCCCGAAGCGUUCGCCGUCGCCCGCCCAGAAUAGACGCAGCACGUGCGUCGGGCGCGCCACACGCCCGCACCGCGCCGCCGCCGCUCGCUCCCCGCGCCGCCGCGCCGCUGCCCGAGAGCUGUGCCGCCGAGCUGGGCCGCACGCAGCUCACCGCGAUCCCGCGCUAUUCCCACUGACCAUGUAACCCGUGUUGUGAUCAGCCCGCGCAAAAGGACGACGUUAAAACUCUAGUCGCAACUCUGAGUAAACUAUUAAUAACCUCGUUAACGUGAAAGUAUUUAGUGACUGAAUGUUUACUGUGCUUCGGAAUCGUAGUGGCCUUGUUCGUUAUCUCGCACCGGGAAAGCUUUCUGUUACCUUUAUAAUUCGUUGUUCUUUAUCUGUCAUAGUGUAGAGCUGUUAGUAGUUUAUAGUGAUAUAUUUUUGUGAUGUAUCCUAAAAGCCUUACUUGAGUAACAAAACACAGUAACGAUGUGCCUUAUCCUGUAAUAUUCACGUUAUUUACGACAAAUACCUGAGUAACGCAAUACAUACUUGGUGUAAGCGCGCGUGACUCACCGCCAGCGAUAUGCAAAAUUACAAGUUCGCGUUUGUCUGUGCAUUACUGUUUGUACCGGAACCUAUCCUAGCCUGGAAGGCUGACACAGUUAAAGUAUGGGCGAGAGCGUUAGGUGAUGAACUAUGGAAGAUGAACGAAGCUCUUACCAAAUCAGACCAAAUAAGAAUCAAAUACAAACAAAUGAACGCGAGCGUAAGAAAGAAAGAUGGUAAGCAAAUAUUGGAUUCUUCACUGCGUUCUGUGAGCAGUAUGCUUACACGAAAAAUCAAUGCUGUCAAGUGUAUUCACGCAACAGCCGAAGAAUUAGCGAGGACAUUCAACUACACGUACAAUAAGUCUUAUCCAUACGAAUAUUGUUCGGCGAAAUAUUCCAAGUUUUUCUAUGAAGAUGAAUCUGAGGAUCCUGGCUCCCUAGACGAGGACGCACUGCCGAGAUACGUAGUGAACAACACACACUAUAUGAACGUGUCUCUGGAAAAGGACUCGCACUUCUACAACAUAAAUGUUAAUACAAACACGAGUUGUGUUCACGUUCCAACUAAUAUUUUUGAUGAAGAAAAGAAUGCCCAAAAUGCUAUAUUAUGGUCAAAGGGUUUAAAUGAUAUCUUUUUAAAAAACUAUAACUCCGAUCCAUCUUUGUCGUGGCAGUACUUCGGUAGUUCACACGGCAUACUGAGGUUUUACCCCGGAAUGCCGUGGAACUUUAAGGAGGUGGACACAUACGACUGCCGAGUAAAGUCGUGGUACAUUGAAGCCGCCACUUGCUCCAAGGAAAUGAUUAUUCUAUUCGACGUAUCCGGUUCAAUGACUGGCUUCAAGAACUACGUCGCAAGAAGAACGUUGGGAUCUAUUUUAGACACAUUAUCAAACAACGAUUACGUCAACGUUUAUACUUUUAAGAAUAAGACUGAGUUUGUUGUGGCCUGUUUCGUGGACUUGGUUCAAGCUACACCUGAGAACUUAAAGACUCUCAGUGACACCCUCGAGCCGACAGACAAAGGAAAAACUCAUAAAGUGCCUCUAGAGGGUUACGCUAACUUAACGACGGCGUAUAUCAAAGCUUUUACAACACUCAAGCAGAGGAGAGCAGGAUGCAAUGUGAACAGUACGCAGGGUUGCAACCAGUUAGUGAUGGUGAUCACGGACUACGUCCCUGGGAACCUGACAGAAGUCUUCGAAGAGUACAACAGGGAGGUCGUCGACGGGAAGACGUAUAUACCAGUCAGAGUCUUUACGUACCUCAUAGGAAAGGAGGUAACAAACGUUCGAGAAAUCCAGUGGAUGGCGUGUCUGAACAGAGGUUACUUCGUCCACAUACAUUCUGUAGAGGAGGUUCAGCAGCAAGUACUGAAGUACAUUAACGUCAUCGCUCGGCCCAUGAUCCUCGAGAACGAGGAACCUCCACCGACCUGGACUCAUGCAAAUAUUGAUCAAACGCGUACCACAAAAUGGGGAGUUAGCGGAGACGUUAAUAAGCCUGAUGAAGACAAGCUGGUGACGUCGGUGGCUAUCCCAGCAUUUGACUACAAGUACAAUGAGGAGAACAAUGACGCCUUACUUCUUGGUGUAGCGGGUACAGACGUACCAAUUGAUAGCAUCGCCAAACUUGCACAGCCAAAUCAGCUCGGUGUCAACGGCUACUCGUUCAUCGUGAGCAACAACGGUUUCUUGCUGUUACAUCCUUUACUGACUACUACUAUCAAUGGCGUCCUACAAAAGAACUACAACAGCGUAGACUUUGCAGAAGUGGAACAAGUCGAUGACGGUAAAGGCACGCGCGAACUCGGAGACCAGAUCAAGCUGCUGCGGAAGAACCUCGUGGACGGCGUGGACGGACACAUGAAGGACGUUAAAGUGCUCUACCAUUACGACAAUAUGAGGAGGAUAGCUCGAGUAAGCCACGACUAUUUCUUCAACAAACUGGAGGGUACCCCGUUCUCCAUGGGAAUAUCAUUGCCAAAAGGUUACGGUGACACUGAACUGGAGCUAAAAGAAAAUCCUUUGGAGGCGAAGCAAGGAAAGGAACUGACUGGACUUAACGUUACUGAUUACUUCAGAUACAGCUACAGAGUACAUCCUGAUUGGGUAUAUUGCAAAUACCAUUAUUUGGAAGGACACGAAUCCGAAAACUCGGAGGUGGAAGUUUGGAAGUUUUUGGUGGGGCUAUCCAAAAAUGAAAUUAACAUAACUAAGCAGCAGUAUACAGGAGAUGGGAAUAACACGGAGAAAUUCAGCCUUGACACCCACUGCGGUAUGACUCCAUUAGGAAAAGACGAUUACUAUUGCGGCGAAGAGCUGGUUAAACAAUUGGUAUUUGAUGCGAAACUAUCUGCACCAUACUUCGAAGACUGGGUUGCUUCUGAAGAGGAAUGGGAUUUAGCAAGGAAGUACAAUGUCAGCGUGCGUUUCAUUGCCACGUCAAGUGGUUUGACGAGGUGGCAUUACAUUUUUGACACGGAUAAGAACGAAAAAGUUGAUGACCACGGCUUUAGAAGAAAGGAAUAUGAUGGAGACGUUUUUGGAGACAUGCACCGCAAUACUAUAGAAGAGACUUGGUACAAAGCAGCAGUGUUACAGCACAUGAUUAACAAGGAGUCGCUGGUGGUGGCUACUCCUCUGCCCAUUCUGGACGACAUCAUCCAGAACCCACCAAGCGUUAUCAAUGAGGAUGGAGACAUAACACUCACCACCAGCUACGCCAUUUUCUAUAAAGAUUACAAGUCAGAGACACCUGCCUCUGUUGUGGGAUUCCAGUUCUCCUACUUGAAGUUUUACGAAAGAUUUUUACAUAUUACGAACAUUACCCUGGAUGGUUCUAAUGACCCAACAUGUGAUUCGGAUAAGUACGAUUGUUACGUGAUAGACAGUUCAGGGUACAUCGUGUUAGCCAAGGAAAAAGCACUAGUGGGCCAGUUCUUUGGAACAGAGCAGAAAUACGUGCUCCAAUCAUUUUUGGACUUGGGGAUUUACGAUCACGUUGAAGUGUUUAAUUAUCAAGCUCUUUGCCCACUAUCUGUGCUGAUCAAGAAAAGUGAUUCGUGGACGCUUCGGACGCCUUUCAAUUUAGCAUUCAACUUUAUCCAGUGGUUAUUGACUGAGGCCUUCUUCAUGGUGACUAACAUUUACAACCAGAACGACAGUGUGUACGGAGCCGCCGUCGAGUCCAGUCAUGACUAUAUCGAGGAACUAAUCAACCAAGGCUAUACAGAAGCGCCAACGACGACUCCGCCGCCUUUACCGGAAAACAAAACAGCAUCGGAUAAAGAGAAUAAGGACGAGAGCCCGUUCUCCUGCGAUCAUAGCAUCACUCUUUACAUACUGAAUCAAACGUAUUUCUUGAAUACGGCGGGAACUUCACCUACCGUUCAGAAGGAUGAGGCAGGGGAGUGUUGGCCUCCUUACUGGGCUGCCUACAUCCCCAAGACAAACUUGCUGCUCGUCGUCGUGGAGAAGUACAAUGACUUUGAUAGCAACUGCACGGUGCCGCCGGACACGAAGCCGCAGCCGACUUUAAUGUCCAGGACCAACCGCGAGCCGUGUCAUAAGCUAGACUUGGGCGCCUUGCACAGAAGAAGACUUGAAGGCUGCUAUACCUACCAUGAUGGGGAGCGCAAUAUAACAGCGUGUGGUAUUGGCAGCAUCGCCCGCCUCGACCUGGCCGUCCUGUUGCUGGCCGCGCUCAUGGUCCUCACCAGACUUGUCUCCUGACGCUAAACAGAUAUAUUUGUACAUUUGUUACUUUGGCAAUAAAACUUGUUGCACCUGAA